CAGGCAGCCACCGUCGCAGAGCGCGCAGCACCUGACCGAGGACGGGUUGGGCACCGUGCGUCGUCGCCGGAGCAGGGGGAGGGAUGGGGAGGCAGCCGUGCUGCGACAAGGUGGCCGUGAAGAAGGGCCCGUGGACGGCGGAGGAGGACCAGAAGCUCGUCGGCUUCCUCCUCACCCACGGCCACUGCUGCUGGCGCGUCGUCCCCAAGCUCGCAGGGCUGCUGAGGUGCGGGAAGAGCUGCCGGCUCCGGUGGACCAACUACCUGAGGCCCGACCUCAAGAGGGGCCUGCUCUCCGACGACGAGGAGCGGCUCGUCAUCGACCUCCACGCGCAGCUCGGGAACAGGUGGUCCAAGAUCGCGGCGCGGCUGCCCGGGAGGACGGACAACGAGAUCAAGAACUACUGGAACACCCACAUCCGGAAGAAGCUCGUCCGGAUGGGGAUCGACCCCGUCACCCACCUCCCGCUGCAGGAGGCCCCCGCCGCUGCUGCUCCCCGAGAGCAGGAGGACCACCUGCCUCCGCCGCCGCCGCCGCAGCAGCAUCAGCAGAAGCAGGGACACCAGCCGCCUAGCGAUGGCGGGUUCGUGCCGCAGGAGGACGACGCGGGCGAGGAGGACCUGCCGAUGAUCCAGCCGCACGAGGUCACCACGGCGCCACCAGCGCCGCCGGCAUCGGCGGCGGCGGCCGCGAGCAACUGCGGCUCGGUUUCUUCUGCCUCCGCCUCCGGCGGCUCCGCGUCCGUGGUCUCGCCGUCCUACUCCUCCUCGGCCUCGGCCUCGGCCUCGGCCUCGGUGGUGUCCGGCGUGGAGGCGACGGAGUGGCCGGAGCCCCUGUACCUGUUCGGCAUGGACGGCAUCAUGGACGCCGGCUGGGACGACCUCUUCCCCGUCACCGGCGGCGGCGGCAUGGGCGGCGUCGACCCGUUCGACGGCUACCCGGGCGGCGGCUUCGACCAAGACGACGACUGGAUGUGACGCGCGUGAACCAGCCUAGCAAUGCACAUAGAUUCGCCGUGGCUUCUUCUUCGAUCGAGCUCGCUUAGCACCAUAGCCUAGCUUUAGCCUGCCUCCAUGCUUCUCUUUCAACCUUGGCGUGCGCGCGGCCAUGGCCGUCGACUCGUGUCAUGGUCCGCCGUCGAACUUGAAUCGAAUCUCGCUAAACAAGAAUUGACAGAAUUCGAUUGCGGCA